CGGCCGUGCUUCUUGCUUCUCUGAUCCACUUCCUCAUCAUAUAUUGUCCCGGAGAGUCAUUGAUGCAAAAGCAUGCGUUGAUCUCCGAAUCUGUUUCAUCUUUUGUCAGCGACCAGCAACAACCUACCUGACGGGGAGGGUAGAAAUAUCUUCCUAGUCGAGUGGCCCUAUCUCCGACAGCAAGCCACUGACUCACAGAAUGGCUGAUAUCGAGGCACAUAUCCACAGCGACGACCAAGGGACACAAUUAGCCCUGGAGAAGGCCGUCUCACAAGUUAUGGAAGUCGAGGAGCAAGAUAACUCGAUUGACGAGAAAUAUCCAGAGGGAGGGCUUCGCGCCUGGCUGGUUGUUCUUGGGUCAUGGUGCGCCAUGAUACCAUCCAUGGGACUGCUGAAUACCGUCUCCGUGCUCCAUGCCUGGACAUCAACACAUCAACUCGCAAGCUAUUCCGACUCCAGCGUGGGGUGGAUCUUCGGCGUCUUCAGCUUUUUUCUGUACUUCGGAGGGGCCCAAGUGGGUCCGAUCUUCGACACCCAUGGACCUCUCCCAGUGGUAGUCCCAGGGUCCAUCGGGAUCAUAAUCGCCAUUUUCUGCUUCAGCGCAAGCACCGAAUACUACCAAAUCAUGCUCUCCUUCAGCGUGCUCGGCGGCAUCUCCUCCUGCUGCCUCUUCACGCCCGCCAUCUCCGCCAUCGGUCACUGGUUCAACAUCCGGCGGGGCAUCGCGACCGGAAUCGCCUGCACAGCCGGGGGACUGGGGGGCGUAUUCUUCCCACUGAUCAUCAUCUACAUCGGGCCGACCCUCGGCUUCGCCUGGGCCCUGCGAGUCAUCGGAAUCAUCUGUUUCGUGAUGUGCGGACUCGCAUGCAUCCUGCUCAAGACCCGGCUGAAACCCGACCAAACGGGCCGGAUAGCAGUCGACCUCCAGGCGCUCCGAGAACCCAACUACGCGUUCACCACGCUCGCCGUCUGGCUGGUCGAAUUCGCCGUCUUCGUCCCGUACACCUACAUCUGCUCGUACGGGAUAUACGCCAACAUCGGCGUGUCCCUGUCCUACAAGCUCUGCAUCUUCCUCAACGUCGGCGCCAUCCCAGGCCGGGCCUUCCCGGGGCUUCUGGCCGACCGGAUCGGGCGGUUCAACGUCAUGGCGCUGACGGCGCUCGUCUGCGCGAUCAUGACCCUGGCGCUGUGGUAUAACGCCGGCACUAGCGACGCGGCGAUUAUCUCGUAUGCCGUGCUGUUCGGGUUCUGGAGCGGCGCGGCUAUCAGCUUGACCCCCGUGUGUAUUGCCCAGGUCUGUCGCACGGAGGAUAUCGGGAAGAGAAACGGCACGACCUUCACGCUGGUCAGCUUCGGGACCCUCACGGCGAUUCCGAUUGCCGGGGCUAUUCAGGAGCAUGAUGGGGGGGCCUUCUGGGGGCUGAUUAUCUUUGGGGGCGUUUUGUAUUUGGCGGCGUGUGUGGCGUUUGUGGUUGCUAGGGGCGUCGCUGGGGGGUGGCGCUGGAAGGUCAAGUUCUAA